UUGUUGAUGCCAAUUCAUUCAUCUUUCACAUGAUUGGCUCGUUUGCCACCCGUCCUUUGGAAUCCCUAGUCUUGGGUCCAACCUUCAGCUUAACGAACCGACACCAUUGGAUAGUGGGGCGCCUGUCACUCAGAGCGGAUUUCGAUUGGUUACUUUUUCCUAACCGUACCCACGCAGCAAGAUACGUUGUGUCUUGUUUCCACGUCAGUGAGAGAAGGGGAGCCGGUUUCAGCCGUUGUCGGGCGGCCUUUCUCGGACCUAGCGGUAUGCCAAGAGGCCCGCCGACGCCCCAGCAUCUGCCCGCAAACACCGCCAUUUUGGAUGCCGGGUGGAUGGAGGGGUCUGUCAGGAUUGUGGAUAAGAACAUUUACAUUGUACAAGGUGAAAUCAAUACAGUGGCGGGAGCCAUAAAACGCAGUGCAAGAUGGAGUACUCAUACACAUUUGGAUGAAGAACGUGAUCCUCUGUUACAUGGCUUCAGCAUCUUGAAAGAAGUGCUGAAUGACAUAACCGAGCUUUCAGCAGUUGACCCUAUUGUCUUUCUUCGACCUUUUCUGGAAGUUAUCCGUUCGGAAGAUACUACAGGCCCCAUCACUGGAUUGGCCCUGACAUCUGUACAUAAGUUCCUCUCAUAUGCACUGAUAGAUUCUAACCAUGAGGGCACAGCUGAGGGAAUGGAGAACAUGGCAGAUGCUGUCACACAUGCCCGAUUUGUGGGCACAGACCCUGCAAGUGACGAGGUUGUCCUGAUGAAGAUCUUACAGGUCCUAAGGACUCUCCUCCUUACUCCAGUUGGAGCUCAUCUCACGAAUGAGUCAGUGUGUGAAAUCAUGCAGUCUUGCUUCCGUAUAUGCUUUGAGAUGAGACUUAGUGAGUUAUUGAGAAAAUCUGCAGAGCACACUCUGGUCGACAUGGUGCAGCUGCUGUUCACAAGAUUGCCUCACUUUAAAGAAGAGCCUAAAAGCUAUGUGGGGACUAACUUAAAGAAGAUUUCUCCAUAUCUCCUCAACAGACUGGAACUAUAUAGUGGGGAACAGUCCAAAGCCUUGAACCAGUUAGAGAGAGUACUACUCUUUAAGAAACUGAAGCUGAAAAUGAGAGCAGGGGGUAUGAGUGACUCAUCAAAAUGGAAAAAGCAAAAGAGAUCGCCACGGAAUUCAUGCCAUGUAACCAGAGGGUCUCAAGGAACAGAACAGCUUGCUUCCAACGGUACAGGUGGAGUUAAUUUCAUUGAUGUACCUUCUCCCGUCUCAUCAGGAAGUUCAGAAACAGCAUCAUCUACAGUCAGCCCUUCUACUGACAGUGGCUUGGAGAGUUCCUCCCAGAUCAGCUCAAAGGAAGAUCUUACAGACAUGCAGUUGGUCAACUCUUUAGGAAUUAGUACAGCAGUGCCUUUAACUGAGCCUAGAGCCACAGAGCAGCUAGAGCCCCAGAAUGAAUGCCCGCGGGAGGAGAAGACGCCAUCUGCCUCAGUGGAGUCUAUCCCAGAAGUUCUUGAGGAGUGCACAUCUGUAGCUGAACACUCAGACUCUGCUUCUGUUCAUGACAUGGACUAUGUCAAUCCCCGGGGAGUGCGGUUUACUCAGUGCUCUCAAAAAGAAGGAACAGCAUUAGUCCCCUAUGGGUUGCCCUGUAUCCGAGAACUACUCCGCUUCCUCAUCUCGCUCACUAACCCACAUGAUCGCCACAACUCAGAGGUGAUGAUCCACAUGGGACUACAGCUGCUCACUGUUGCCUUGGAGUUGGCUUCUGUUGCAAACUGUCCAUCUCUCCUAGGACUUGUGAAAGAAGAGUUGUGUCGGUAUCUCUUUCAAUUACUGAGUGUGGAGCGGCUCAACCUGUAUUCAGCUUCACUUAGAGUUUGCUUUCUCAUCUUUGAGAGUAUGAGAGAACACCUGAAAUUCCAACUGGAGAUGUACAUAAAGAAGCUAAUGGAGAUCAUCACUGUGGAAAACCCCAAGAUGCCCUAUGAGAUGAAGGAGAUGGCCCUGGAGGCCAUAGUUCAGCUGUGGAGGAUUCCUAGCUUUGUCACUGAGCUCUACAUCAAUUAUGACUGUGACUAUUACUGUGCCAACCUCUUUGAAGACUUCACAAAACUGCUCUCCAAGAAUGCCUUUCCUGUUUCUGGACAACUAUAUACUACUCACCUGCUAUCCCUUGAAGCGUUGCUGACAGUGAUAGAUAGUACAGAAGCACAAUGCCAAGCCAAAGUGCUCAGCAACAUCUACCAACAAGAGAAGGAAGCAACAAGUGCAGAAAUUCCCUGUAGCGUCAAAGAAACAACCCAUAUUAUUGAGGGGCUGCUGACAGAAGGCAAAUCACCCAGUGCAGAAUUGCCAGAUGCUAAUGGCUGCUUGGAGGCCAACCACAUGAAGCAGCAAGACAGUCUGAAUUUGGAGUUAGGAAAUGAAACAGUAGAAAAGACCGUUCCAAAGAAGCCUACUCGCUUUUCCUGCAUCCUGCCUACAACACAUGAAUUGAUAAUGAUUAAGAGUAAAAAGAAGCUGUUGAUAAGUGGUUCAGAGCAGUUCAAUCAAAAACCAAAGAAAGGGAUACAGUUUCUUCAGGAGAAAAACCUCCUGGCUACUCCCAUGGAUAAUAAUGAAGUGGCAAAGUGGCUGAGGGAAAAUCCAAGACUGGACAAGAAAAUGAUUGGAGAAUUUGUGAGUGACCGGAAGAAUAUAGACUUGCUGGAAAGUUUUGUGGGGACUUUCCGUUUCCAAGGCUUACGAUUAGAUGAAGCUCUCCGACUCUACUUAGAAGCCUUCCGGUUGCCAGGGGAGGCUCCUGUGAUCCAUAGGCUGUUGGAAGCCUUUACAGAACAUUGGCGUAAAUCGAAUGGGUCUCCGUUUGCUAAUAGUGAUGCUUGUUUUGCCCUGGCCUAUGCAGUUAUCAUGCUGAAUACUGACCAACACAACCAUAAUGUUCGUAAACAGAGUGUUCCUAUGACUCUGGAGGAAUUCCGAAAAAAUCUGAAAGGGGUAAAUGGAGGCAAAGACUUUGAGCAGGACAUGCUGGAGGACAUGUACCAUGCCAUCAAAAAUGAAGAGAUUGUUAUGCCAGAAGAACAGACAGGCCUAGUAAAGGAAAACUAUGUAUGGAGUGUGCUACUGCAUCGCGGGGCCACUGAUGAAGGCAUCUUUUUGCAUGUCCCACCUGGAAGCUAUGACCAUGACCUCUUCACCAUGAUCUGGGGGCCCACUGUUGCAGCCCUGUCUUAUGUCUUUGACAAGAGCCUGGAUGAAACAAUCAUCCAGAAGGCUAUUUCUGGCUUCAGAAAAUGUGCCAUGAUUUCUGCCCAUUAUGGCCUCAGUGAUGUUUUUGACAACCUCAUAAUUUCUCUCUGCAAAUUCACAGCCCUCAGCAGUGAGUCCAUUGAGAACCUGCCCACAGUUUUUGGAAGCAAUCCCAAAGCUCAUAUGGCAGCGAAGACUGUGUUCCACUUGGCUCAUCGUCAUGGUGACAUUUUACGGGAGGGCUGGAAAAACAUCAUGGAAGCCAUGCUGCAGCUUUUCAGAGCAGAGCUGUUGCCAAAGAGCAUGGUAGAGGUUGAAGACUUUGUAGAUCCCAAUGGCAAGAUCUCUCUACAACAUGAAGAGACACCUUCCAGUCGUGGUGAGUCCACAGUGCUAAGUUUCGUUAGUUGGCUGACACUCAGUGGUACAGAACAAUCUGGUUUGAGGGGGCCAUCUACAGAGAACCAGGAGGCAAAGAGAAUGGCCCUGGAGUGUAUAAAGCAAUGUGAUCCCGAGAAGCUGAUCACUGAAAGCAAGUUUCUGCAACUGGAGUCCCUGCAGGAACUAAUGAAGGCUCUCAUCUCUGUGACUCCUGAUGAGGAAACCUAUGAUGAGGAAGAUUGUGCUUUCUGCUUGGAGAUGCUUCUGAGGAUUGUGCUGGAGAACAGGGACCGUGUGGCCUUUGUAUGGCAAGCAGUGCGAGACCACCUGUACCACUUGUGUGUGAAUGCUGUGGAGUAUUGCUUCCUAGCUGAGAGGGCAGUGGUGGGGCUUUUGCGGCUGGCAAUCCGUCUCCUGCGCAGGGAGGAGAUCAGUGCCCAGGUGCUACUCUCCUUGCGCAUCUUACUCAUGAUGAAGCCCAACAUGCUGAACAGAGCCAGUCAUCAGAUUGCGUAUGGUCUUCAUGAGCUUCUCAAGACCAAUGCUGCCAACAUCCAUUCUGGAGAUGACUGGUACACGCUCUUUACCCUCCUGGAAUGUAUUGGAUCAGGGGUGAAACCACCCCCAGCGCUGCAGGCUACAGCAAGAGCAGAGAAUGACACAGGGGCUCAGUCAGACAGUGAGAUCUAUCACCCAAAUGAAACCAGCCUAGAUCGUGGCUACACUUCUGAUUCAGAAGUGUAUGCAGAUCACAGCAAGCAAGGCAAAAUGCAUCGUUCUGUGACUGAUGUGGAUGUGAUGAACAGUGGCUGGCUUGUGGUUGGAAAGGAUGACCUUGACAGCCCAAAGGCCAUGGUUGGACUCUCCAAACUGAGUAAUUCACCACUGGUGAAUCAGUACAGUUUGACUGUGGGGAUGGACUUGGGCCCACACAAUACCAAGUCUCUUAUGAAGUGUGUGGAAUCCUUGUCUUUCAUUGUGCGAGAUGCUGCCCAUGUCACACCUGAAAACUUUGAGCUCUGCGUCAAAACCAUUCGCAUUUUUGUGGAGGCCAGUCUAAAUGGAGGGUGCAAGUCCCAGGAAAAGCGGGGGAAGAGCCAUAAGUAUGACCCCAAAUCAACACGUUUCAAGAAGAAAGUAAAGGAGAGGCACUUGAGGGCACCUAGCCAGCACCGCUCUGUCAGUGAGGAUGAGGAUGAGGAUGAGAGCAUUCCUGCUAGUUACCACACUGUGUCUUUACAGGUUAGUCAGGACCUGCUGGACCUGAUGCACACCCUUCACACACGCGCUGCUACUAUCUACAGCUCUUGGGCAGAGGAGCAGCACCAUCUGGAGGCAGCAGGAAAGAAAAUAGAAGCCGACUCUCGGACAUUAUGGGCCAAUUGCUGGUGCCCAUUACUGCAAGGUAUUGCCUGCUUGUGUUGUGAUGCACGGCGACAGGUACGAAUGCAGGCACUGACCUACCUGCAACGGGCACUCCUUGUGCAUGACCUGCAAGCUCUUGAUGCCUUAGAGUGGGAAUCCUGUUUCAAUAAGGUGCUGUUUCCUUUGCUGACCAAACUCCUAGAAAAUAUCAGCCCAGCAGACAUUGGUGGAAUGGAGGAGACCAGAAUGAGAGCAUCGACUCUGCUUUCCAAGGUCUUUCUGCAGCACUUGUCUCCACUACUCUCCCUCCCAACUUUUGCAGCUUUAUGGCUGACAAUUCUGGAUUUCAUGGACAAAUACAUGCAUUCCGGCUCCAGUGACUUGUUGCCGGAGGCCAUCCCUGAAUCGCUAAAGAAUAUGCUGCUAGUAAUGGACACAGCUGGAAUAUUCCAUAGUGCCGACUCACGAACAGGCUACUCAGACCUCUGGGAGAUUACCUGGGAGCGCAUAGUCUGCUUUCUUCCAAAACUGCGGGAUGAGCUCUUCAAACAGACAGUCAUCCAAGACCCAGUUCCUACCUUACCAGUAGAGAUGCACCCUCCCAAACCAACAGUAUCUGCUCUGCCGCAUUCCUCUGGAGGGGAUGGAAGGCCAGCUACCCAUUCAUCACCCUCUGAGAAGUCUCCUGAGCUGGCAGUCAGUGACUCUGAAACUGCAUCAACGCUUGGCCCGGUCACUUCUGGUCUCACUGGACCACAGUUGACCUCUCCAGCAGCACCUGUGAAAGUGAGCUCAGCAAAGGACAUACCUCAAGCAGUGGCACAGCAGCCUCUUAUUCUUCAGCCUCUGGCCUCCCCUUUACAGGUGGGGGUGCCACCUAUGACUCUGCCUAUUAUUCUGAACCCAGCCCUCAUAGAGGCCACCUCUCCAGUACCUCUUCUGGCCUCCCAGCGGCCAACUGACCCCAUGACGACUUCUGAAGUCAACUGAGGAGAGGAGCAAAGAGGACAGUUGGCUGCUGUGGUGAUGGUGGUGCGGGAGGGAAGGCCCUAGCAGAAGCGUGGGAGGCCACUUUGGAAGGUGGCUAUCCUCCCCAGCAAACCUAAGGCCAAAACCUUUAUCCCAGUUCAUCUGUUCGAGGACCUUUGGCUCCCUUUGGGUGGAAACAAUUUCAGUACGGGUGAUGGCCACAUUGUCUUUUCUUAGAGUUAGGGGGCAGCAGCCAAUUUUUCAGUCCAGGCCUUCUGCUAACCAUGAUCCAAACAAAGGCAGCAGCUUCCUGUGAAGGAGAGCAAAGAAUCCAGAUUCUCUAGGAAAUUAAACAGAGAAGCUCCUAGUAUGGAAAAUUGCUUGCUUAUAUUCCUUGGCACUGACCCCACACAUGACUUUCCUUAGGGCCACUCUUUGCCACUUGACUCUUCAGGGCUUUCCUCUGGGUAGUUUUGCCAGUAUCAAGUGCUGGGUGUUCUGGGGGAGCUGGGAAAAAAGUCUCUGCCCACUGAACAAGACCCGAGAAUGCAGGGAAGGAGGCCUGGACCCAGGACGGGGGGGGGACCUGUCUGUAGUGCUGGGUGCGCAGUACCAUAUUGAGCAAGUUCUGCACUGGUGGCUGUUCUCCUUCCAGUUAAAUCCCAUUGAGUGCCCUUCAGGCAUUAUUAGGCUCACAGUCGCCUAGCAAGAUAGUUUGACUUGGGUGAUCAGUGCCUUGAUUAGGUGAGAGGCUUCUGGGAGUGGUAGGAAGGGACCUCUACUGUACAUGCUAUGACUCCUUUGGGAAUGGGCUGCUAAAUGUCCCUUCCUGUCCCUGCUAGCGGUUGCUUUUCCUUUAGGAGGAUGCCAUUGCCCUCCUGCAACACUGGCCGCUCAGCACAACACCAGAGCGGAAUUUGUCUCAUCUGGUGCUUCCAUCUCCUGAUGCAUUAGGCUAAAAUUCUCCACAUCUAUUGCAGAAUCCCAUUGGGAACUGAAGCCAGUGUCUCCUGUGUGGAACAGCAGGUGCCUGUGUGUGUGUAUAUAUAUAUAAUAUAUAUAUAUAUAUAUAUAUAUAUAUAAGGAGUUAAUUGACUUUUUACAAUGGAAUAAAUAUGACCUGUAAAUGAA